AUGAAGACCUCUCUCCUGGCUAUUGUCGCCGCCUUGGCUAUGGGUGUCCUUGCUGCCCCCCUUGGGAUGGAGAUUCCUGCGAGGCGCAAUGAUGCCUCUGCCGCUGUGGAUGAAAAAAAUGACGUUCAGGAUUGGCUGAAGCGCGGCGUUGACGUUGAUGAAAAGAAUGACGUUCAGGAUUGGCUGAAGCGCGGCGUUGACGUUGAUGAAAAAAAUGACGUUCAGGAUUGGCUGAAGCGCAACUUUAAGAAAGCUGAAUGA